AUGUUUUUCGCAAAUGCUUUACCAGCUGGCUCCAAACAAUAUCAGUUUCUAGGAGUCAGUUGCACAUUUAAGGACAAUUGGUGGCUGCCGAUCAAAUCGAGGGGCACACCGCCCAGCCGACGAAAUUGGCACAGCAUGGCUUGGAGCAAUGCCGCGGGUGGCUUUUACAUCUUCGGAGGAUAUGAUGGCAGCAGUUUGAAUGACUUGUAUUUGUAUGUCCGGGAGGCGGGCAAGUGGUGGCAGCUGGAGACGGACGGCGCAGCGCCCAGCCGACGAUAUAGGCACAGCAUGGCUUGGAGCGACGCCGCGGGUGGCUUUUACAUCUUCGGAGGAUAUGGAGAGGUUGGCAGCAGUUGGGGGCUCUUGAAUGACUUGUAUUUUGCUCGCGAGGUGGCUGUGGUGAACAUCACCAGCAACGAGGGCUCCAACCCCAAUGUAACAAAGCCGAAGGCUGCGGUGGACUUCGCUCUCAUUGUCCUUGGGCUGAGUGUGGGAGCCUCCUGCUGCCUUCUGGUCGUUGUUUGCUUCUUCUACAAGAGAAGGCUUCUAUCACAGGACGAUGAAUGUCAGGACUUCAAGCUCGAUAACCCUUUGGCUGUCAAGAACCUUCUGCUCUAUGCGGAUGUGCGCCCGGUGCGGUAUAAAUUUUUGGAAGAGAUCCUGAGGGCUGGCAAACCGUGGCCUCGGCGACAGGAAGCUCAAGAUAUGAACAUGGAAGAUGGCCAAACGGCAUUGGUGACACGGGAAGAGCUAGAAAGUCUGUGGUAUGAUGCGGACAAGCGCAGAUUUUACCAAACGGCAGAAGGAACUGUCGAAGUCCACCUUUUCUCCGUCUCUCACAUAUGGGAAGCAAUGGAACACCCGGAUGCUUGGAGAUACCAACUUCAAGAGACAGUGCGUGGUUUACAGCACCUGGACGGGCUCGUUUGGGUCUUUUUUGAUUACACCAGCCUUUACCAGUAUCCCCGUGCCACAGAGCACCAACGCAAGUCCUUUCAGCGUGCCUUGGAGCACAUGCACUUGCUUUACGCGCAUGAUGGGAUCAAUGUGCUGAUCAUCGACCAGCCCACGGAGCAGGCUACCAAGCAGAUGAUGGAGCAAGAGGAAGGUGCAACCACAGCAGUGGCAUAG